GACAUGGGGAGCGCUGCGCCCUCCCGCGCCCCCAGGGCUAAGCCGCCGCUCGCCGCCCUCAGGCGGCUGCUCGCCGCACUGGGGCUGCUGCUGCUGGGCGCAGGUGACUGUCAGCUGCACACAUCUUGUGGAAUCCAGAAGUGCACCACUGAUUUUGUAUCCUUCACUUCACAUCUAAAUGCGGCUCUUGAGGACUUUGAUUUGGAGUUCUGCAAGGCCCUGCGGGCAUACUCAGUGUGUACCUAUCACAAUGCCAAAGUAUGCUGUGGAAACCUGGUCUAUCAUUCUGCAGUGCUUGGGAUCAGUGAUCUCAUGACCCAGAGAAACUGUACCAAGGAUGGACCCACAUCCUCCACCAACCCUGAAAUGACCCAUGAUCCUUGCAAUUACAGUGGCCACACAGAAGCAAGAGAACAUCAGGGGGGAGGGAAGACUUCUCCUCCUACAUACCUGUUCUGUGGCUUGUUUGGGGAUCCUCAUCUGAGGACUUUUAAAGAUCACUUCCAGACAUGCAAAGUGGAAGGUGCUUGGCCCCUCAUAGACAAUAACUACUUAUCAGUGCAAGUGACCAAUGUGCCUGUGGUCCCAGGAUCCAGCGCUACUGCUACAAACAAGAUAACUAUCAUCUUCAAAUCGUACCAGGACUGUACACAUCAGAAAGUAUAUCAAGCAAUGACUGACGACUUGCCUGCAGCUUUUGUUGAUGGUACAACAAGUGGAGGAGAUGGGAACAUCAGGAGCUUGCACAUUGUUGAGAAAGUCAGUGGCAAAUAUAUUGAGAUGCAUGCUAGGUACAUCGGGACCACAGUGUAUAUCCGCCAGCUUGGGCACUACCUGACAGUGGCCAUUCGCAUGCCCCAGGAGUUGGUCAUGGCCCACGAGGAGAGCCAGGACCUGCAGCUGUGUGUAAACGGCUGCCCUUCCAGUGAACGUAUUGAUCAGAGUGGCCACUUGCCAGUGCCUGUGUUGGGAAAAUUGCUUCCUUGGGGUGCUGUGUCUCAUCCCCGAUCAGGGUACACACUGGAAACAGCCACCACCAAGUGCCAUGAAAAGAUCCUUGUGAAGGACAUCUAUUUUUACUCAUGUGUAUUUGAUCUACUCACCACUGGUGAUGCCAACUUCACAGCUGCUGCUCACAGUGCUUUGCAGGAUGUGGAGGCACUGCACCCCAGCAAAGAGCACUGGCAUAUCUUUCCAAGGAGUGGAGGUGGUGGUGUGGGCAGGGAUAGCAAACUCUUUGUCAGGUUUGGACUUCUGUGCUUGAUCCUUGUGUAUUUGUACGAUUUUUUUUUUUAGACUGUAACAAAAUUUUGAAAUAUGUAUUGUUGUAAUAUAUUGAGUAAAGAUGAAUAUAUAUGUAUAU